ACAAUCAAAUCGUAUUUGCACCAUGCCUAUGACCUACCCCGCUCACACGUUCCCUCAACAGCCAGCCAAACUCCUCUCUCUCCGUCAUCUCAGAUCCAGCCGCACCUUCCAUCUCCUCUUCCACAACCGGCCACCGUCCCGAUCUGAAGGUCUCCGACCAGAUCAGCCUUCUCCCCACCACGGCGUGCGGCGAGGAGUCCCCGGAUCGCUCGCCGUCACCCAGUGCGGUGCAGAUCUGGUAGUCCGCCCUCACCAAGCAUUCGAUGCGUUGACGGCUCCUAGCACCAGAUACCGCGACGAACGAGCUGUGUUCUGCCUCCUCCGGCUGCCGAGGACCACGGACGCCACUUCGUCUCACCGGCUGGCUCAGCAUCAGCACCGACCACUACUCACAGGUGUGCAAAAUUGUUGCUACGUCAUGGAUCUAGUAGCACAUGGAUCUAUCACUUUUGCUCUUGGUCUUGUGUUCUCCAGUGCGUGAUGAAUUUGUAUGAUGCGGGUGCUAUUCAACUAUUCUUCCAUUUAUUCUGUUUCUUGCUUCUGAUUUGAUCUUUCUAAACUUGCCUACUUUCAAGGAUGAUGAUGAAAUGGAGGCUGGACGACGUCUGCCACACGAGUUAACAUGCCAGGCUCCUGACUUACUUUAGUUCAUGUCUUCAUGACCAGCAAGUUGUCCUGGUUCCUGCAUAGAUUGUAAUUUUGUAGGCAGAAUUGUACAAGAACUUUUCGGAUGUCCCACUCGUACUUUGCAGAAUUUUGACGAAGGACUUGUAUGUUUUAACAGAACUCUGUUUUACAGAGUAGACACUCUGAAUAAAUUGCUAACGAACUUUAUUUUUGUA